AUGCCUGGAAAAGGUAAUAAGUUGACAAAAAUAGGGAAAGAUAUUUUCAAACUAGAAGCAGAUAAUCCAAAACGAAAAUGUUUACAACGACUAGAUUUUUCUCAAUUUUGUUUUGAUGAAUCUGAAGAACGUGCUGCAGCUAUUGAUUUAACCGGGUAUUUUCAUUUUCUUUUAUUAAUUAACAAUGACUGGAUUGUAAAAAAAUUCAGCAAUGUCGGUCAGUCGACAUUCGUCGCUUUUAAUCCAAUUGAUCAGUGCGAGGUUAUCAUCGGACUAGCAUCAACAGAUUUAAAGAUAGUCAAAUUAAAGCAAGUAUUCAAUGACGCGGAAUCAAUUGAAGAUUUUUAUGAAUUGAAAGGACAUCAGUUGCCUCCUACACGGAUCAGUUUUUUCAAAAGUUAUUGUUUCUCUGUUUCAAGAUCCGAGGCGAUAAUAUGGGAUUUAAAAUCAUUUGCUAAACUUCAUCAGCUGCGCUUAGAACCUGGCGAGGGUGGUAUACGAAAAGGAUUACUUUCACCCACUGGUUUAAUAACAGCUAUUUAUGAAAAUGAUACUCUGCAAGUUUGGCCGUUUGAGCAAUUUGACUUGGUCAAUAAAAUUUCGCUGUCUGAGUACGGUUUAAAUAACACAAAAGAUAUUAUUUUUACAGAGAAUGGACGAGCAGCCUUGAUUUGUGGAGGAAAAAAUAAAAUAAUCAUCUUCAACACAAAAACAUGGUCGGUAAUUAAAAAUUUUGAAUUUUCGGAGCAUUUCAGUGGCAUCAAGAGGCUUCAGAUUGUGCCUUUACCACUUGACGCUGGCUCUAAUAAAAUUAUUUCUGUGCUGUUUGACGAUGGAACGUUCAAGUUUUUCGAUAUUAAUUUGAAAUCAUUUAUUGAAGUCACUGAUCAUGUUGCUCAGGGUGUCCGUAAAUUAAGUGUUUCACCACAUGGCCAAUGGGUUGGAUUUAUUCAGUAUGAUGGAUCAUUGGUCAUCAGCUGCUUUGAUCAAUUAAUGAAACUAACCGCGGAAGUUACGAAGAUAAAACCGACUGUUAAUUCAGCUUCUUUGAAAGUUAAAACUCAUACUAUUGAUCAACACUUGAAACACGUUGAAAGGAACAUCAAAGAUAAUUUAAGACUCGAAAGACUUUUGCCUAUCUUGAAAGAAUAUGGAGAAUAUCCUGAGCGUUAUCGCCCGAUUAUUUGGAGGACAAUUUUAAAAUUACCAAGUAAUAAAAAAGCUUUUAUCGGAAUAAUUAGCAAAGUCCCAACAGAUUCAACAAUUAAAAUGUUGGAUGAUUAUAAAUUAGCAGAUAGAACUAAAACGUCUGUGCUUGCAUUAACUGUUGAUCGGCUUGUUCAAUUUUGUCCCAUGUUUUCACAGUCAUUAUUUAUACCAGAGUUUAUUUUUCCGUUUAUUAUAGUUUUUAAAAAAGAUCAUUUGCUUGCGUAUGAAGCUGUCUUGACAAUUAUUUUAAAUUACUGUCAAAAAUGGUUCGAGUAUCAUCCAUUUCCGCCUUUAAAUAUCCUUGGUAUUAUUGAAAAUAUUUUAGCUGAAACUGAUCCGGUUUUACUGAAAUUUUAUUAUGACAGAGACAUAACGUCGACUACUUACGCUUGGCCACUUCUUCAGACAGCUAUGAGUGAAGUAUUAACAGGCAAUGAAUGGCUCAUUCUUUGGGAUCAUUUAUUGUCAUUCAGAAAACCAACGUUAUUGUUGAUAUGUGUUGUUGCUUACAAUAUUUGUUCAAGACGUACUAUUUUAUCCUUUAUGAAAAAGGAAAGAAUUGAAGAAUUUUUCAGACAACCUGGAAAAAUUUCUGUUAAAGAUGUAAUAAAAGUUGCUUUACGAAUUGAUGGUGAGAUAUCGGAUCGAAAUCAUCCUGCACAAUAUCUCAAAGAUACAUUUUGUAAGCUACCACCUGAUGGACCGUACCCAACAUUUUUAUGUGAAGAAUAUCCAAAGUUUAUUGUUGAAGAUAGAGAAAAAAUGAAUGAAUUGAUUAAUUUAAAAGAUGAGGAGUUUAAUUUAAGAAAAAAACGACAGCAAAUUUCGGAGAUAGCUGAGCAGAAAAGAUUGAAUGAUGAAAAGGAGAGUUUUAUUAAACAAAUUCAAGAACAAAGACUACGAGAACAGCGACGGUGUUACGACGAACAAUUCCGAGUAUCUGAAGCUUUUGUUGCUAAUGAACGUCAAAAACUCUAUCGACAAAUGCUUUUAAGCGGAAGUACAGAUGUAACGAGAGUUCACUCUGUAAGUAAUAAAUCUAGUUCGAGAUCAAAAAUUAAAUCGUAUCAUGAACUAAAAGAUGAUGUGGAUACACUUGAAGAGGAAAUCAGACAGUUUCUGAGGAUUAUUAAGCGUAAAAGAUAG